AAAGCUUCUUUGUUCGAAAGAGGGUUUCUGCAAAAACCCCUUAUUUUUUGUUUAUUCAAACGCCGGCGAAGACGAGAGCGAGCGAACCAGUGAGUGAAAGAAGAAGAAGAGAAUCAGUAACCGCAAUGUCGGGUUUUUCGUUUGGUCAAUCCAAUUCCGCGGGAGGUUUCUCAUUCGGAUCUUCUUCCGUAACUAAUUCAUCUUCUGCUGCAUCUACCACUUCACCGUUAUCUUUCUCCUUUAACCAAUCUUCAAACCCUAGCUCCACCGGAUUUGGUUUCGGAUCCACCGCAUCGUCAUCAACCCCUGCUUCAUCCACAACCCCAUCGUUUGGAUUCGGAGCUUCCUCAACUACUUCGUUCGGAUUCGGUUCUUCUGCUUCAUCGACUCCUUCGUUUGGAUUCGGAUCCUCUGCUUCGUCGACUCCUGCUUCCUCAACUCCUUCAUUUGGAUUUGGAGCCAAUGCUUCUUCAUCUGGUUCUGCGCCGUCUCUGUUUGGUUCAUCUACCACCAAUGCUUCUUCUCCUUUCGGAUUCGUAACUUCCUCGGCUUCUCAGCCUGGUUCUUCUCCGUUCGGAGCUCCGUCCUCCUCCUCCGCAGCUCCGUCUUCAUCUCUUUUCGGAGCUGCUCCGGCUUCAGCGAGUAGUGGUUCAUCAUCUCUCUUUGGAUCUUCCUCAGCCUCCGCCUCGAGUUCACCUCUCUUCGGAGGAUCCUCAUCCGCCGCUGCUUCAACAUCUCCUCUUUUCGGCGCGCCUUCUUCAGCCACCGGUUCGUCACUUCCCUUCGGCGUCGCCUCAUCAACCUCUGCCUCCUCAUCAUCCAUCUUUGGAGCCACCGGCUCGACACCUUCAUUCAGUGUUGCCUCAUCAGCGUCUGGCUCCUCAUCAUCCAUCUUUGGAGCCACCGGCUCCACACCUUCCUUUGGUGUUGCCUCAUCAGCACCUGGCUCCUCACCUUCAAUCUUUGGAUCCGCCGGUUCGUCACCGUCGAUCUUUGGUUCGUCUUCGGCAGCGGGUUCAACUCCGUCUCUCUUUGGAUCGUCCUCGUCAGGCGCAACAGCUUCUUCACCUUCCCCGUUUGGAGUAUCCACCAUUAAUCCCUCGCCUGCCUCAGCUUCUCCUUUCUCCGCGUCUACCGGAUUCUCUUUCUUGAAAAGCACAGCAAGUUCGACAACCACCACCACUGCUUCUGCUCCUCCACAAACGGCUACCUCUUCUUCUUCUUCAUCCUUCUCAUUUGGUCCACCCGCAAGUUCAGGCUUUAACCUUUCAACCGGAAGCUCAGCAGCACCUGCCUCUAGCACACCCGGAGCAUUGUUUUCUAUUGCAACCACCACCACUACUACUACUUCUUCGUCGACUCCCGCUGCUACUAGUGCACCAGCUUCUUCAGCUGCAGCUUCUACAAUGGGUUUCCCUUCUUUUAGUCUGAGUUCAUCUGCCACCAACACCACUCCGGCUAGCUCGACUCCUGCCGCUGGAUCUACUAGCUCCUUUACUGCGUUUGCUGUACCCCCGACUUCAACACCUGCAUCAUCCUCACAACCACAAACCACUACUCCUACAUUCUCAUUCAGUGUUCCAUCUUCGACUUCUACUACUGCUCCUGCUACCAGUUCUGCUACUACAACACAGACGUCUCUUGUUGUGGCUUCGAGUAGUGGGACGAGCACAGCUGUUGCUCCAGUUGCUGGUUCUCCAAAGUUGCCAUCUGAAAUAACUGGCAAAACUGUUGAGGAGAUUAUCAAGGAGUGGAAUACUGAGCUACAAGAACGCACAGGGAGAUUCCGGAAACAGGCAAAUGCAAUAGCAGAGUGGGAUAAGCGGAUCUUGCAAAACCGUGAUGUUCUUUUGAGACUUGAGAUUGAAGUUGCAAAAGUGGUUGAAACCCAAUCUAGCUUGGAACGUCAGCUGGAAUUAAUCGAGACUCAUCAGCAAGAGGUUGACAAGGCUUUGCAAAGCAUGGAGGAAGAGGCUGAGCGUAUAUAUAAUGACGAGCGGAAAUCACUUCUUGACGAUGAAGCAGCAUCAACUAGAGAUGCAAUGUAUGAACAAUCUGAGCUUGUAGAAAGAGAAUUGGAGCAUAUGACUGAACAAAUCAGAUCGAUUAUACAAUCUGUAAAUGCAAACCAGGGUGGAGAACUUGAAGCAAUAGAUGGGAUGAGUCCACUGGAUGUAGUUGUAAGAAUCUUGAACAAUCAACUCAGUUCCUUAAUGUGGAUUGAUGAGAAAGCAGAAGAAUUCUCUUCUCGGAUUCAAAAAAUCGCAUCUCAAGGUUCUAGUGGAGAUCGUGAAUUGAUGGCUCCAAAGCACUGGAUGUCUUGAUAUAUUUUUUUUAGUUUCGUGUUAUUUCUCUAGUCUCUAUGCAAGAAAUUACGAUUUGCACAUGAUGAACUUUUUACCAUAAAGAUUUGUAUCAUCAUUUGAAUAAUUUGAUUGACUGGUUGGUUUGUUGUUGUAAUCCCAAUUUUAAUUACUCUUCAUUAAUAAUAGUAAGACUCAUAGCACAGAGCUUUUUUAA